UCAAUGUUAAUGAACACCAGGUUCCCCACAGAGUGUGACAACAAGUCCGUUAUAUUUUAUAAAGAGUGUUGAACAGUCUAGAUGUGCGCUUAAACGGCGUUUUUCUUUUUUUUCGAUCUGUGUCUGUCCUGUGUGGAUGUCUGAUGUGUGAUUUAGCGUUUUGGUGUGUUCUGAGAGCGCUGGAUCUCUCCCUCCCUCUUUUUCUCUCAUGCCCUGCGCUGAGCGCACACUCCCACAGAGCGACUCAGAUCUUCAUGACAUCCAACUUUAUCCAGCUCAUCCCGUCUUUUUGUGCACAGUGGAAAGACUUUAAAAGCGACGGAAUGAUUUCAGGCUGUGGUCGAGUCUCUUAGGCAGCUUUUCUCGUCUAUCAGUGGAGUUUUUUUUUUCUUUGCGCGUCCACAUGUGGAGAGACGCUGCGCUUCCGGAGAGAUGCUGAUGCUGAAGCGGGGCUGUGAGUGAGCCAACAUCAGCAGAAAAGAAGUUAAGUUAGAAAAGAAUCAAGAGGGGGGGAAAGGAGAAGCUUCUGUGGUACAAGCCAGAAGUUCGUUAACAAAACCAAUCGGUCUUUUUUUUUUUUUUUUUUUUUUUUUUCAUCUGAAGAGGUACCUCACCAACCUUCAAAAUUUCGCCCAAAAGCAGACAGGAGGAUCGGCCGGUGCUGACGCGACUCGUCGUCAGGAAGCGGCUGAUCGUGGCUGGGGUGCUCGGUGUGGUCAUGGUCCUGGUGCUGGUGAUCCUGAUCCCGGUUUUGGUGAGCUCUGCCGGGACAUCCGCGGCACACUACGAGAUGCUCGGCACCUGCAAGAUGGUUUGCGAUCCUUACGGUACCAAAUCCCCGACCAGCACGGUCCCAGCAGACCCUGCCCGGGACAGCAACCUUAUGCAGUCUUUGCCAACUUUAAUACAAGGUCCGAAAGGUGAACCGGGACGCCCGGGUAAAGUGGGGCCGAAGGGCCCUCCCGGUGAACCCGGACCCCCUGGACCUCCCGGAGAGAAGGGGGAACCGGGACGACCUGGAUUACCCGGGCAGCCGGGACCAAACAUGGCAACCGGCGCCAUCAGCGCGGCCACCUACAGCACCGUGCCCAAAAUCGCCUUUUACGCAGGGCUCAAAAAGCAGCACGAGGGCUACGAGCUGCUGAAGUUUGAUGAUGUGGUCACGAAUCUCGGGAAUCAUUACGACCCGACCACGGGCAAAUUUACCUGCUCCAUACCGGGAAUAUACUACUUUACGUACCAUGUUCUCAUGCGAGGAGGAGACGGAACCAGCAUGUGGGCUGAUCUGUGCAAGAACAACCAGGUCCGUGCCAGCGCCAUCGCCCAGGACGCAGAUCAAAACUACGACUACGCCAGCAACAGCGCAGUUCUUCAUCUGGAGCCCGGAGACGAAGUCUACAUCAAACUAGACGGGGGUAAAGCCCACGGGGGCAACAACAACAAGUACAGCACCUUCUCUGGUUUUAUUAUAUACGUCGAUUAGGACAUACGUACCUACUCCAGAUGGUCUCGAUCUCGUCCUCCUCUGCUAUUCCUCUUCCUUGCUUUCUUUCUUUUUUUCUUUUUUUUUUUGCAUAAUUUUCCUUUGGGCCCAGGGCAAGCACACAAGACCUGCUCAAACACCCCUCAUCAUUAGUCUCUAGAUGUGGGCUUGAAGGCAGAACUCUUUGCCCUGCAAUCCAAAAAUCAAGGAAGAACCCCCCAAAAAAAGGCCCGGAGAAAGAAGCACUUCAUCACAGAGGAAACGAAGCUACCGAGGAGUUUACUGUGUGUCUUUCUAUGUCUGUGGCCAUCAAAGAAGCCUGUGAGAUGUUUUCUAACAUGUACAGUAACCUGACAUACUGUAAUCAGCUAUAUGUGCAAUAACGUAAAGUAGGAUAUUUGUUAUUCAAAAACCAUCUCGUCAUACCUCACUAGUCAGAAUGAGUUGCAUAUCAUGAAGCAUUAGCCCAAAUUUCCUCAUCAUCCAUGUCCAGUGUAACCUGACCAAAAUGAUCCUCUUGUGUUCCUCUUGAAUACUAUUUAUCUGCUAAAUCGACAGCAUUCCCUGACUGUUCGUGAGUGCUAAUUAUGAAUUAGGGACACAAAACAAAACAAUAUACCUUGGUGGUAAUGGCUUGCAGUGAAAUAAUAUUCCAGAAUUGCUAAAGCUUUCAGCAUUUUACUUUUAGUCUCCAGGGUCAGGGUGUCAAAAGCCCUUUUUUUUUUAAUGUGUAAUGUUAGCCGGCAUCUUUUAUUGCACACAGACGUACUAGACCAAGAAGGAAUAUGUUUCUUGUGAUAUUUAGAGCACUAUGCAGAGUAUGGGUGUUAAUAUGUAAAUGUGUAUCUAUCUUCAGAGAUUUCCAGAAUGUGAUUAAUAAUAUUGCCUGUUAUUUUUAGUGUAAAUAUGGAAAUGGGUUUCUUUAUUUUUUUUCAUGAAUGUGCAUCAGGUGAGCGUUAUGUAUCUGUGUCACUCUCAUCUCCAUGUUGGGAUGGCAGGGAAUGUGUGUGAUGAAUUAUUAUCCAAGGAUUAUUUUUCUUUUCCUGUCCUGCUGCUGUAACCCCUCAAACAUAUUUUCCAUUAAAUGGAAAUUUGAUCAG